AUGUCCGACUCCGAACGCCCCGACGCCGACAGAAUGGCCUACACGAUCACUCCUGGGCGCGAGCCGGCGACCGACUUUGACACCUCCGAGGUGCAGCGUCGCCUGCGACGCAUGCCGUUCGCGGGCGAGAUCAUGGCCCCACAUGUCCGCGCGGUCGAGCAGGACCCCCUCCCGCCAAUUAACGAGAAGGGCUUCCGCGAGUGCGAGGGAUGGGUUGCGGUUUACGAGGCGGUCGUGCAGGAGAGCUGGAUCAACGGCAUGGGCGGGCUGCACGGCGGAGCGGCUGCUUGGCUCGUUGACAUGAUCACUGGCGCAUCGUUUGCGCGCCUCCGUGUGCCGCCUGGGAAGGGGCAGGGGCCAAGUAUCUCCAUCGACAUGAACUACUACAACGCGGCGCCUGCGUAG